CGGCUGCUCUGGAUCGCCGUGGAAUCAAAGCGGGAGCUGCUGGGAAUGCGGAGAGGCGAGGAUUAAAAACGGGAAAGCGAAGGGGCAACUACGGAAUGUUGAUGCAUCAAUAAUAUGAAAUCGUGUCCAAAAAACUGUCAAAAAAAGAGAAAAACGAGAGAAGAGACAGUAAAAGUUGUUCGUUGGUGGCUGGAUUUGUUUUGAGUGCCGCCCCCGUAAAUGACGUCGUGACGUCACGGCUGUUCCGUAACGCGGCCAUGGUGGACCCGCCGACUCGACUCGGGGCGGCUGACUGUGAGUGAGUGAGAGAGAGAGAGAGAGAGAGAGAGAGGAGAGAAACUCGUUCUCGGCUCAGUCCCUCCCGCAUGGAGUUGCGAACCGAGCCGGUCGUGGCCAGCUUGGAGAUGUCGGAGACCUCCGAGGCGGAGGAGUAUGAGAGCCUGCCGCCUCACGCUUCCCUGGCGACGCACAUGACAGCGGGCGCCGUGGCGGGAGUGCUGGAGCACACGGUCAUGUACCCGGUGGACUCGGUCAAAACCCGUAUGCAGAGUUUACAGCCAGACCCGAAGGCUCAGUACCGAAGUGUGUAUGGAGCGCUGCGGAGGAUUGUCAGAACUGAGGGCCUCCUGCGGCCCCUCAGGGGCCUCAACAUCACUGUGCUGGGGGCCGGCCCCGCCCACGCCCUUUACUUCGCCUGCUACGAGCGCAUCAAGCGCAGCCUCAGCGAUGUCAUUCAGAACGGAGGCAACAGCCACAUUGCCAAUGGGCUUGCAGGAAGUGUAGCGACUGUGCUCCAUGAUGCAGUUAUGAAUCCUGCUGAAGUGGUAAAGCAGCGCAUGCAGAUGUAUAACUCCCCCUACCGAGGCCUCUGGGAUUGCGUACUGACGGUCAGUCGUAAGGAGGGCCUGGCCGCCUUCUACCGCAGCUACAGCACGCAGCUCACCAUGAACAUUCCCUUCCAGGCUGUGCACUUCAUCACCUACGAGUUCAUGCAGGAGCGGCUGAACCCUCAGCGGCAGUACUGGCCUGGGACACACAUUCUUUCGGGUGCGGCAGCCGGAGCGGUGUCGGCCGCGGUCACCACGCCGCUGGAUGUUUGCAAAACCCUCCUGAACACGCAGGAGAACGUGGCCCUCAGCUCGGCGCAUGUGAGCGGCCACCUCUCGGGCAUGGCCAACGCCUUCAGGACGGUCUACCGGUUGGGUGGCCUGCCGGCCUUCUUCAAGGGCGUGAGGGCGAGGGUCAUCUACCAGAUGCCCUCCACAGCAAUCGCGUGGUCUGUCUAUGAGUUCUUCAAGUACUUCUUGACCCAGCAUGAGCAGCACAGCCUGGAACUGUCGAGGGAGGCAGACAAGACCGGGCCAACAUGAGGCUAGGGCAGUGGUUCCUGAUCCUGGUCCUGGAGUAACCUGCCCUGCGCCAACAUACCUGAUCCAGCCAAUCAGCUAAAUGAUCUGUCUGUGCUCCGCCCACAAGUGUGUUGUUAUAGCUGUCGUUGUGAGGUUGUAAAAGCUUUACAGAACAUUCACAGAAAUUCCCAGGUUUGGGCAUCAAAUUAUGAUGAAUGUUUUGUUGAUUUUCUAAGUGCUUUCAAAUAAGACUACCCUUAUAAAGCAUUCAUUAAUGGUUUAAAAUGAGUUUGUUUAAUGGUUAUGAAUUAGGCCAUAAAGACCUUUUUAAAGACCGCAUUAAUAAGCAGUUACAACACAAAUAAAAAGGGCAACUUUGACCUGUUGUUUGCCUAAAAGUGAACAGUUGUUCAUUUAUACUUCUAAAACUCAGAUUUUCAUGUUUACUGAUCUUACUUUGUCUUCAUCAGUAAGCAUUAAACUCAGUUUCAUCAUAUAUUCAGAUUCAUCAGAUAUAACUUCUCACUUUUGCCCUUUUUAUUAAUGUGUUAUAACUGUUUAUGAAUGCCUUUUUAAAAAGUGUAUGACCUAAAUAAUAACCAUGAACAAGCUAUUUUUAAACUCAUAAUUCAUAAACACUUUAUAAGGGUAGUCUCAUUUUAAGGUGGUACCCAUUUUUUCACACUGUUUUAAACAGCGUAUAAUAUUUAAGUACUGCAGAACUUCACAUAGAAAAUCAACAAAUCUAUGUGUUUUGACCAGGGAUAUUCAAACUAUUGCAUAGGACAGUAAAGGUUCUUGUGGUAGAUGGUUGUGUAAUCUGUUUUGGAGAUAAACACAAACUUGAUAAGCUAAUCAUAAUGUUUGAACAUUGACUGACUAGCACUUUAAGGUUUGCUAGCUAGCUAAGUUAAUGUCAUAGCCUGCGCGUCUUCUGUAGAGCUCAUCCAACCUAAUAACAGUUACUACGAAAGUCUGCUUUUGUGGGCGGAGUCUGGAUAGGUCAAUUAACAAGCCCUUCUAAAUACUAAAAUAUACCAGACAGGGACACUCCAGAAACAGGUUUGAGGACCACUAGGGGGUUAAGUUUACUGACACUGUCCACUCUUGGGGCUUCAUAAAGAGCCCUCAGGACAGAAUCAGCGCUACACAGAGAGAAGACGGUGGGAAGACCAACCGUGUUUGUCUUUGUCACACUGUGUGCAUAAAAUUGCCCCAAGUUCUCUUCAAAACAGAUGAAGUUCAACUCUAAAAAUGGAAAAGAAGAAUGUAGACAUCCGCUUGUGAUGGAACGAGCACUUCCUCUCCUUUCGUAAUCACGUUGUUGGUUCUGUUUUCUCAGAUGAAAUAUUUAUUUAUUGGAAGAAUUUAUUGCUGUUACAAGCAGGAAACAUAUUUAGACAUAAGAAUAUGUACACAAAUGUGCGCAUGCGAAAACGUCCCCACAGAAAGGAAGAAAAGAAUGAGAACAGACUUGAGUUUGUCUGAUGUCCACACUUUGGGUCUGAUUCUGCCAGAGCAGCCUUGUACUACCUUUAUUCUUGGAGUCAUUGCACAUCACAGUAAGUGCACCAUUGCCACUAAAUUGAUCAUGUUGUGCCGUGAUGGUGUGACCAGUAGGUGUGCCACAGGAAUCAGACCCAAAGUCACAUCCUUCCAAUCCCUCUGUUUCUAUGGUAACAAGAGACGGCAAUACAUUUAGCCUUGCCCGUGUUUUUAAAUUUGAUGUAGGAAAUUUGUAUUUAUUUCUUUUUGUUCAGAUUUCCAGGGCUUCUGCUUCUCCAGACUUCGGAAGGUCAUCUGAGUAUUUAUAAAGGACUGUUUAACACAACACAUCCCCCAGUUCUGCUGCAUGACAAAUACGGAACAAGUGUGUUUUUAAGAAAAGUGCUCUUCUUUGGCAAAAGGCAGUCUUUACUACAGGUUGAGGCAUUUAUCUUCAAUGACUAAUAUUGUCCAUCGAUUUCAAUUAAUAAUAUCGUUGCUGUCGUGUAAAAACCUCUUAAUUUCUUUCUUUUUUUUUUUUACUCUUUUGCCUAAUUUGAAAACUCCAGUUAUCGUUUGCAUUGUAUGAUUAACAGUCCAACAUAAAUUGCCCAAAAUGAAUGCUUUAUCUUCUGAUAUAAAGUUACCAUUUUGGCAAUAUGAGGUUUUGUUCUGACAGCGACAAUAUUUGUGCAAUUGACGGGUCCAAAGAAGAUAAAGAUUUUACACCGCAUUUCCUAGUCAGAUUCGUUAUUAACUACGGCAUUUUACACCUUCAAAUGUAUAUGUACUUUUAAAAAAUUAUUUUAAUGUACUAGCGUAAAGAGAGAACUGGAUUUAGGCCAGAAGUCUCCAAAAUCCUGACCUUGAAUCCAGUUUUCAGUUAAAGGUAAAUUCCACUUUUUUCUGCGUAAUUAAAUGGUCACUAUAUACACAGUCAUUCAGAGUGAUUUGGUGUGAAAUGCUCCGUUGUAGAGAAACUUGCAGACUUAGCUUUGUUCAGAGUGGUGGUGUUAGGAACCAGACGGCAGAAGCUUUUAAUGGCUUCUGGAAGCUACGUCACAGAAAUAUAUUACAUGAUGAAUAAGUUGUCUAAUGCCAGAAUUUAACAGUAUUCAACAGUAGUUUUGGAUAGUAGAUGAAACUGCUAUGUUUGCAUUGUAGACAUUGUGACCUCUGUUUCCUGCCAGCACCACUGUAUGUUUGUCUACAACAAACCACUCUGAAUGACUUUGUCUACAUCUCAGUGAUACAGAAAUUUUGAAAAAUCAGUGGAAUUCUCCGUAACUGUUGAUGUCACUGAUUGGCAGCCUAGUGUCUCGUCUGCAAGUCUUUACAAAAUCUGAAAAAACUGAUUACCACCCGAUCCGGAUACUGGAUUCAAGCUCCGGUUUUGAAGGCCUCUGAUUUUUGCAAUGACGUGCUGGAGUUCAAACUCUUAACAAGUGGUUAAUUUAAGUUAUUUCAGUAUGUUUUACUGUUGUGAGUGAUAAUGACACCUAACGAUUAAGCACUUAACCAUUCCGGACAAAUUAUAAGCAUGUUUUAGGCUAUGCCACUGUAAUGGCUGCUUAGCACCAACAGCUACAGCAGUGGGCUUUGACUGAAUAGAUCUUAAUUGCUUAAUCCGGGACCACGCUAGGAAUUUGAUCAGUGUUCUGAUCAGUGUUUGUUGAAGUUGUCAGUUUUGUACUGAUAGAAUUGUGUGCUUUACUCUCUCUGGCCUCUUUCAGUAAAACAUUGAAGUUAGUUAAACAUAUAGGGCUGGUUUCCCAGACCCAGAUUAAGCCUAAACCUAGACUAAAAAGACCUCCUAGUGGUGAUUCUUCAUUGGUACUUAAUCCAUGUGUGGGAAACUGGCCCAAAGUGCGUAUAUCUGCCCUUACAACCCACAAGCCUUGAGUGAUAUUUCCAUAGCAAGGUACAAAAACCUGUUUGUGAAUAUGCAGUACAACAAAAAUCCUGUUUUCUCCUAAUUGCAAAGCUUGUGUGUCUCUAGAUCCUAUAUCUAGAUGCCUUCUCCCAUUCGUAAUGGAUGUUGACUUGGCUCAAGAGUCUGCCUUUGAGCAUUGAGUGCUUUGCACUGAAAUCACGCACAACAGUAUAAAGUCCUUGGAAGUGUAAUAUUGUAUAUAUUGUACUAUAUAACUGAGAGGUGUCAGCACUGGCAGCUUUUUCUUUAUUUUUUGGAUAUUUAGCUCUUAUUUUAGAGCAUGUGUAUGCUGGUUCCAGUGGGGGACCAACAGUCUAAUGGUAAAUGCACUCACCAAAUGCAUGGAUGCCUCAUCCCACGUCUUUAUUAGAGCCCGGCCAGUAUGAAAAUUGGCACCAAUAUCAAGUUUGAGCUAAAAAUGAAAAAGAAAAAUGUCGUUCUAUUGUAAGAAAAAAUAUUGCCGCUUUAUUUGUGGGAUUUUUGUUGAUGCCGAUAAUAUCGGCAGAUUUUAUCAGCCGACUGAUACAUCGGUCAGGCUUUAGCUUUUGUAUUUUCUUAUUUCACUCUUCAUUUACAGAGUCUAAGAUAUUGUUCACGUGUACAUAUUUAGUAAUGAUCAAAGUAACGUCUCAGACUGACCUUGUAGCAAGUCAGAAGAAAUAUAACCUUUUAGCACAUCACGAUACAGUCAUCCCCUUUACUUGUGGACCGUCUGGAUCUGAUGUGUUUCUAUGAUCUAUGCAGCUUCAUCCCAUGAUAACUAUGGGUAACUGACAGGGAUGUUGGUGGGUUUGCGAGGUUUUGGUGUUGAGGCUGGUUCAAAUGGCUUGGCAGAGGGUCCUUCCUCUGUCCACUUCCUGUUCCCAUUGCCGCCCUUUUCCCAGACUUCUGUCCCCGAACGGCUCGGAAGUGUUAGACAUUCCUCUAAAUUCCACCGGAAUCUGUGAAUCCGAGGAGAUUUGUUUGUUUGCCUUUGAUUAAACGCUGGUUUAGUGUUUCAUUCGCUAAAUGCAUUUUUUUUGAAGCACAUUAAUUACUUUAUACUCAAAGACCCAAAGACUUACUUUAAAUGCUCACUCACACACAGCGUAGCUUGAAAACAGAUGCCACCAUAAAAAACAGCUGACAUAAAGUAGUGGUUUUAAUGUUGUUAAAAGGAAUAGCUCAACCAAACAUGCUAACAUGGCUAACAACAAACUAGUAGCCAAACUAGUAGCCAUUAGCAUGACCCAAUUUGCCUAAUGCUGUUCAUUCAUUCACUCUUAGCAACAUUAGCUUUUUUGACCAAGCUGUUAUUUUAAGAAUGUACUUAUCAGCAAUAGCCCUGAAUGUUUCCUUAGAUAGGAGCCUUAAAUUGCCUUUUUCUGUUUGUUUUUAUGUGUGUUGAUUUUAGCUUGUAUUAAAUGCACAGUGGCUAUGAAGCCCUGGUAUAGAAUUGCUUUUCUAGCCCAUGAAAUAAGUAUUUAAGGUAGAACUUGAAGAAAUGAUAUGGUGGAAAUUUUAAUUUACACAAUUGUACACUUAUCCCGGGUUUAGUUGAUCAGCUGAGAUAUUUUGUCCAAGUUUUGCCUAGUUUAGAACUGGAGAUAUGAGGCUAACGUUGCUGACAAACACGAGUCAAUAGGCACCCAAAUUGUUACCCAGAUCCUUUCGGUAAAUACAUCCUCACAACUUUUCUCACCCACACCUUGGCCGUCAUUAAGGCCAGACAGACUUGUUGAUGGGGUCUAGGACACAUUAUGACCUACUGUGAAGUGCAAAAAUGAGCAAAAACUCACCUUGUUGUCGAACGCUGUGUUCAUUUUUGUAGUUCUCAUUGUCAUUGUGUCCUUAACCACAUCAGCCAGUCUGUGUGACCUUAUUGAAGAUCUGAAUGCAGUUUGAGUGGGUUAUAAGAAGUUUUGAGGAUGUUUUUACAGAAAAGAUUUGGGUGACUACUGACUUCUAGUGUCUCUUAGCAGCAUUAACCUUGUAGCUCAUGUCUUGGCUGAUCACCUACAUCAACUACAAGUGGCAAAUUGUCGAAAUUAGAUUUUUUUGCCAAACCAUUCCUUUAACGAUGGCUAUUUUAUUUAUUGUUUAUAACUGCACAGAACCUGAUCUUUAGUCUCAAUCUUUAUAUCUGCUGUCAGAUUGCUUUAUGCUGUACUCUGUUAAUGUGUGUUAACUAACUCUCUAUUUCUGUAAUUCUCGUCUGGCUCACUCUGUGAUCGAUUCAUUGUGAAACAUCUGUCUCUGCGCUGUUGGCUGUAGGAAAGUAUAAGUCUUCAUGCGUGUCCGUUUCAUGUUUUAUUUGUGAGUGCAACAGGGUUGCCACACCCUUCCAAAACCUGCAUUUUCACAACUGAAGAAUAAGACUCCAACCAUUGGACACAGCUGCUUUCUCUGCGCACAAAACCGGAAGGAAUAUUGAAUACAGAGUGCCAUCUAGAGUACUAAAGAUACUUUACAAUGGAGACAGUAACGUAGAUGCAAAAUGUUUAUUGAUUUGUGAAAAUGCUGCUACAGUUUGUAACACUGGAGCCGAAAUAAAAAGUUACUAAAUUUUA